GGGCAGUAAGAUCGAGCGAGGAGCCCAAGACCGAGCGCGCAGCCCGAGAGCUCGAGCCGCCUCCGCCGCGAGACCCCACCUCGGCCGCCGCCGCCCGCGCCGCGAGAUCCGCACCGGCCUCCCCGAGAGCGAGCCCCGGCCGCCGCGACCACCAGCCGCGCUAACCGCCGACCAACCGCCACCGAGGUGCCCGAGUGAGAGCAGAGGAGGCGGCAUGAGCGAGGCGGGCGAGGCCACCAGCACCACCAGCACCACCACCCUCCCGCAGGCUCCGGCGGAGGCGGCCGCCGCGGCCCCCCAGGACCCCGCGCCCAAGAGCCCGGUGGGCAGCGGCGCGUCCCAGGCCACGGCCCCAGCGCCCGCCGCCCUUGUCGCAGGAAACCCCGGUGGGGACGCGGCCCCCGCAGCCACGGGCACCGCGGCCCCCGCCUCUUCAGCCCCCGCCGGCGGCGAAGACGCGGAGAAAAAAGUUCUCGCCACCAAAGUCCUUGGCACUGUCAAAUGGUUCAACGUCAGAAAUGGAUAUGGAUUUAUAAAUCGAAAUGACACCAAAGAAGAUGUAUUUGUACAUCAGACUGCCAUCAAGAAGAAUAACCCACGGAAAUAUCUGCGCAGUGUAGGCGAUGGAGAGACUGUAGAAUUUGAUGUGGUUGAAGGAGAGAAGGGUGCAGAAGCAGCCAAUGUGACUGGACCAGAUGGAGUUCCCGUGGAAGGGAGCCGUUAUGCUGCUGAUCGGCGCCGUUACAGACGCGGCUACUAUGGCAGGCGCCGUGGACCUCCCCGUAAUUACGCUGGGGAGGAGGAGGAGGAAGGGAGCGGCAGCAGUGAAGGAUUUGAGCCCCCUGCCACUGACGGGCAGUUCUCUGGGGCCCGGAGUCAGCUGCGCCGCCCCCAGUAUCGCCCUCAGUACCGGAGGCGAUUCCCGCCUUACCACGUGGGACAGACCUUUGACCGUCGCUCACGGGUCUUUCCCCAUCCCAACAGAAUGCAGGCUGGUGAGGUUGGAGAGAUGAAGGAGGGAGUCCCAGAGGGGGCACAGCUUCAGGGACCGGUUCAUCGAAAUCCAACUUACCGCCCGAGAUACCGGAGAGGCCCUCCUCGGCCCCGACCUGCCCCAGCUGUUGGCGAGGCUGAAGACAAGGAGAACCAACAAGCAGCCAAUGGGCCAAACCAGCCAUCUGUUCGCCGUGGAUACCGACGCCCAUACAACUACCGGCGUCGCCCCCGUCCUCCUAAUGCUCCUUCCCAAGAUGGCAAAGAGACCAAGGCAGGCGAAGCGCCGUCUGAGAACCCCGCUCCAGCCACCGAGCAGAGCAGUGCUGAGUGAUGCCAGGCUCCCCAAGCACCUUCACCAUCACCAGGUGACCUAAAGAAUUAAUGACCAUUA